AUGAGAGCUACUUAUAAAGAUGCAUUUCAGAAGAAAACGGGUUUAAAACUAGGAUUUAUGUCAGCAUUUGUGAAAGCCUCUGCUUAUGCUUUACAAGAUCAACCUGUAGUUAAUGCUGUUAUAGACAAUACAGAAAUAGUAUAUAGAGACUAUAUUGAUAUUAGUGUUGCUGUAUCUACUCCUAAGGGUUUAGUAGUACCGGUGUUAAGAAAUGUAGAAACAAUGAAUUUUGCUGAUAUAGAAAAAAAUAUAGCAGAAUUAGGUGUAAAGGCAAGAGAUGGUAAUUUAGCUAUUGAAGACAUGGAUGGAGGAACUUUUACCAUCAGUAAUGGUGGUGUGUUUGGUUCAGUAUUUGGUACACCCAUUAUCAAUCCACCACAAUCAGCUAUAUUAGGAAUGCAUGGUAUAUUUGAUAGACCAGUUGCAAUUGAUGGAACGGUUAAAAUUCGACCAAUGAUGUAUGUUGCCUUAACUUAUGAUCAUAGAUUGAUAGAUGGACGAGAGGCAGUCACAUUUUUACGUAAAAUUAAGUCCAGUGUUGAAGACCCUAGAACUGUAUUAUUAGAAUUAUAA